AUGUCUCUAUAUGGCUGGACUUUCGCAUUUAGCGCAAAAAUUUUGAUAUUAAAUCAUAUCUGUCAGAUUGUGUGCAAUAAGACAAAAGACACAAUAGUGAUUCUUCACAAAUUGUUAAACAAUAAUCUCGACGAAGGCUUGCGUGAGCAGACACUACAGUUUAUAUUACAAAUAAAACAAAGAGAACUAAAAUUUUCCGGCAUGGGACUUUUUUAUCUUGGUUAUAAUUUUAUUCGUCAGUUCUAUGUAUCAGUUGCAACUAUCAUGGUGAUUACAAUACAAAUGCAUUUUAUUAAUAUGACAACAGAUAUAAUUCCGAAAAAUAAUUAA